AUGCUAAAGAACGACACGAGUACUUUAUGCGACAUAUGUCGUUUCAGCCCUACCACAAUUUUCUGCAGGGCGGAUUUGGCGUAUCUCUGUGCAACAUGUGAUGCAGUUAUUCAUUCUGCAAAUCCUCUUGCCGGACGCCACCACCGUGUCCCGGUUAUACCCAUUUCAGGGUUGAUCGAUGAGCAUCAAACUUCUGACGCAAGGUCUAUAACUGGCGUAGGAGCUGAUCAUGGUGGGUUUUUGUCAAAGAAUCAAAGGACGCCAUAG